UGUGAGAAAUCAUUAAUUAAAUGUUUAUAAUUAAAUGAUUAAAUGAAUGAAAUUAAUUGGAUUGCGCAGGAGAGAAAGAGAAACAAGUAAAAAAAGAAGAAGAAACAUAAAAUAGGAAAAGUGAGUUUAUAAUUAAGUCUUGUAAGCAUUUGGCUGGUUAAUUAAAUUGUUCUGUGGAUAAUUCAUACCUUCAGAUCCGGUGGAAGUUUCUCAAAUGAUCGCAAUGGACACAAAAACCGAAAUUCAAAAUCACCAUUCUACACCAACAUCCGGCAAUAAUGGCAAUCAACAAUCGUCGUCACAUCAGCAAACAAAUUCUAGUCAAUUAUGCGCUGGAUGUGGCAAGCAUAUUCAGGAUCGAUUUCUCCUACGUGCACUCGAUUUGCUUUGGCAUGAGGAUUGUUUAAAAUGCGGCUGCUGUGAUUGUCGUUUGGGUGAAGUUGGCUCAACUCUCUACACGAAAGGGAAUUUAAUGCUGUGCAAGCGAGACUACUUGAGGCUGUUUGGUAACACUGGAUUUUGUGCUGCAUGCAACAAAGUCAUUCCAGCAUUUGAAAUGGUGAUGCGAGCACGAAGUAACGUUUAUCAUCUCGAAUGCUUCGCUUGUCAGCAGUGUAAUCACAGAUUCUGUGUUGGCGACAAAUUCUAUUUGUGUGAUAAUAAAAUUCUAUGCGAAUAUGACUAUGAAGAACGUUUGGUGUUUGCUUCAAUGGCUAAUCAUCCCAUAUUGAAACGUCAUGCUAGUGGAAGUUUACCUGGAACGCCACCAAACAGCAUUCCUACAUCAGUAUCGUCACCAAUCUCCCAGAAUGGACAUCAUCAUGGAAUGAUGCAAACCAUUUCAUCGCCACGAUCUCAAAACAAUGACAUGAACAACAAUCAGAAUGGAUUAAACGGAGUUUCGUCACCAUUCGGAACUCCCACACAUAUGAAGCAAGUCAUCACAACCAACUGAAAUCAACAACCACGCUGGCCUAAAUGGAAUGGCUAAAAGCGUCUUUGACUGUUCCGUUAAUUCUCAUCCCCUGAUUAGUUAUUAGAUUAAUGUUUGUUAUCUUUUUAUAAAAAAUACUUUUCUUUCAGCUUAAAUGGUAAUAUUACUUCUCAUAGUACAAUUUAUGUUUUGGACAUUAGAAAUCAUUUCGUUAACUGUGCCAAAUGGAAGAAAUACUCAAAGAAGCACCUGAAAAUUUUUCAUAAGUUUAAUCCCGCCAAAAAGAAGAAUAGAAGAAAACUAUUCAAAAUCAUUUUAAAAACAUGAACCAUCACGAAUAGUUUAAUAGUUUGAUGUGGAUUUGAUCACAUAUUAAGUCAUAUCAAAUGUGUCGAACACACAAUUGAAAGACGCUUGACCAACAGUAUGAACAAAUCCCUAAAAUUUAUGAAGAAAAAUGUAAGAAAAUGAAUUAAACAUUUACAAGAGGUAUUAUAAGUGUAAAUGAACUUCUUACAAAAUCAUCAAAUACAAUUGUUAUAUUAAUGUAAUAAUCAACAUAAAAUCGUAAGGCGUAAGCUACCAAAGAGAUUGAGGUAAAAUUAAAUAAACAAGAAUUUAGAAAUUCUCAAC